CCUGCCUACCUGCCGGGCGCAGGUAGCCCGCGGCGGCGCGUUGUAUGCUGGGGCUCGUAGUUCCCGAGCAGGGAGGGGAAGAGCCGGGCCGGGCCGGGCGGCAUGGACAAGCUGAAGCGGGUGCUGAGCGGCCAGGACACGGACGACCAGAGCGGGCUGGCCGAGGUCAUCGAUGCGACUUCGCUAGGCUGGGGCACCAGGGUGAAAGGCUUCGUUGCUUGCUUUGCGAUAGGAUGCCUGUUCUCUGUCUUGGGCACUUGUCUGUUCUGGAUACCAAAGAAAGGGCUGAUGCUCUUUGCAGUGUUUUAUACGUUGGGGAAUAUCGCAUCUAUUGGAAGCACUCUCUUUCUUAUGGGACCAAUGAAGCAAUUGAAAAGGAUGUUUGAGCCUACCCGUUUGAUUGCUACUAUUGUUAUGCUAUUGUGUCUGGUACUAACACUAUGUUCUGCUUUUUGGUGGCAUAACAAAGGACUCACGCUCAUAUUCUGCAUCUUACAAUAUUUUGCCUUGGCAUGGUACAGCAUUUCCUUCAUACCUUUUGCAAGGGAUGCUGUGAAGAAAUGUGUGUCUGUCUGUCUGUCCUGAGAGGAAUACUGGAUGCUUCACGAAGUUCUAGGAAGCACAGUAGAACUAUGUUAAGAUCACUGUGUAUGUAAUUACCUAAAUCUGUCUUAAACACGUGCCUUUCAGCUUGUUGUUAGAGGCUCCUUGUGAUAAAAGCAGUGUAUGCAAUUGCUUGUUUUUGUAAGCAAUGGUGUCUGUAGGACAGGGCGCUCAUGUGAUGAAGUUCAGUCUGGCAGAAGAACUGGGCAGAGACCCAGAAUUGGUUAUGAUAAUUCUCAUGUAAAAUCAUGUAUUUGUUUCUGCAAAAUGAGCAAAGUAAUGUGUGAACUCUGUAAAAAGGUGACCUUGACUCUGAUGGGACCAUGCCAGUCUAGAGGAUUACUUUUUCUUGAAAAAGAGAUCUCUUUUCUUAUGAAGAACUUUUUUUUUUUUUUAAUAGCCUUAUAUCACUUAAUCAUUGCACUGUUCACAUUGAAUAAUGGAAUAUUGGAGUUUUCUCUCUUUUUGUGCCUCUUGCAAAAAUUUAGGCUUAUGGUAUUUCUAAAAGGUCUAAUUCUAAAUGAAAAUACUGUUUUGGAGUAAGUAUUUAUAAAAUGUUUGAUUCUGUAAUGAAUUAUUUAAUUUUCAGUUUAGACCAAAAGUGUUUCCUUAAAAUAUAUGGAAGGGACAUUAUCAUCUGCAAAAAACUUGUUCCCACAGGAAAAGCACUUUCAAAGUAAGGUUAAUCAAGUUUUUAGUUGCAAGGAACCUGAGUUCUUCUUGACUUGAGAUAAUGGCAAUGCAUACAAGCUAAGAAACAGAAAUAUUUUGAUCGAAGUGAGGUGCUUCUCUUCUCCCCAGCUGUUGCAUAGAAGCAGUGUGAAGCUGAAAGCAUGAUAGGUGAGCUCAAAGAAUUUCUGUAGGUCCUUUCUCAAAGGGCAAACGCUCUUGAUAAGGUGUAAGUGGGUUAGUCUUUAAGCAAGUCUGGGGCAGGGAGAAGACAUUUUCUUCUGAAUUUAUGAAUAAGUUAAAAUUUCAACGUAUCUUUUUGUACAUGAAAUCAAGGUUUCAUUUCUCCUAAAGCACUCUCAUACGCUAGUGAAUUUCUUCCACUUUGUGGAGAAAAUACAACUUUCUAUUGCCUGUUUUAGCAAAGGGAGUGUGCAGCAAUGUAGUUGCCAGCUUCAAACAAAUGCCAAAUGGUCAGUAUCCAAAUUCCAAGGCCACUCUCCAUUCUCUUAAUCUUCUGAGCUAUAUGUAAUCAUUUACUCCCUAACCAUGUCAGUAGUUAGCUGUUUAAUGUCUGAACACAGGUUCCUGCUUCUGCUAGGUGGGAUAUUGUUUAACUGCUUUUGCCUUUCCUAUUACCAAACUGGCUUGCUGGAACUGAUGGCUGUGAAGAUAAUUAUCCAGUGGACUUUAGUAUGAAUUGAAUCCUCUUUCUAGACCUACCUAGUGUUUAGUCAUUUAACUGUACUGCAUUUGCAUAGCAAGCGUGCCCCAGACUUGCAUCACAAAGACUGUAAUGCAGCACAAACCUAGUUCUGUUCAACAAUAAAAUAUAAGCCCACAGUGAAGCCAAAUAAUUCUACAGCUUUCAGAAGGUUACUAGAAGCUGAACUAAUUCUGAACUUUAAACUUAAUUGUCCUUCCGAUAAUUUAUAAAACAUAGUACCACUCCCUGUCAGGAUCCUUUUAAUUUUUAUUUUUUUUUUUUUGAUGGUGAUGUAAAAGAGGAACUCUAGCCAGCUGGAAUCCAGAGAAAGUAAGAGCUACUCUUGCAAGCCAUUGGAACAGAAAAUGCCUUUUUGAAAACAUGACAUUGCUAUGUUGGGAUGGGUCUGUUAUGUGGGAUGGUGUUCCUCAAGUGCUAUUUCCCUGUGCUUUUUUUUUUUUUCCCCCUAGGAUUUAGAAGUUAGCGUUGAAAUCAUUAGGUUGACUAUUACUUGAAAGAAAGAAUUAGUUAAAGGCCCAAGAGAGGCUGGGAAUUCAAGAAUGCGUGUAGAUGUUUUCCCUGACUCUGACUGGAGACAAAUACCUAAUAAGUUAUGUGACCUUUUUUUUCAUUAGUGAGUAGGUUCAAAGCCUAAUUUACAGCUGUCAAAGGACCCUAUGUUAGUGUUUUACUAGGACUUUGAGAAUGUUUACAGAAUUCCUUUGUGUAAGAGCAAUGGAAAUGCAACUCUAAUGCCUUUCACAUUCCAAUAUUUGUUUAGCUUUUAUAUCUAUGGGUGUUCCUGGAAAACUCUACAAGUAUAGCAUACAAUAUCUCGCCUUCCUCUCUCAGGGAAAUUUCUCUUAACUUGGAUAAUCAUUCCAGGGUUAUCAGCAGUCAGCACAAUGGAAUUUGACUCCUCUGUUUCUCUUCCUAAUCUGAAGCAUACAAAAAAAAAAAAAGAAAAAGCCUUUUGCUUACUCCUUAGCAAGCUUUUGCACGAAUGUAGUACCAUGACUCUCUGGCUGUUUCCCUGGAAAAACAUGAGAUUUGGGUAUGCUGCAUAGUGCUUUUUCGAUUUGUUGAGUAGCUAGAUGGAACCUUUUAGCUGACUGUUGUGAGCACAACCACUUGGAAUUAGGAAAUUUAGGCUCUGAAACUUCUUUCGCUACCGAUACACAGUGGGUGAACUUAAAUGCAUUCCCCCUACACUUGCACCUUUUUAAAGCUAUAAUUCCAGCUCCACAGCCUUUGAUUCAAUAAGAGAGAAGAACAAAGCUUUAUUUGACUGCAUAGCACAGUUACGAGGCAUUAAGGAAUAGUGCCCGUAGAGGAAGGGAACACAAAAGGAGAUGGCAAAGAUGUGCACGAUUACCAGACUGCCACUAGGGUUUGUGUUGCCCUUUGGUGUUGCAUUCUGUUCUUAUGAAGGUCAGACAGUAAGAGAGAUUCACCAUAUUCUUGCCAAUAUGUGAAAAAUACUCAGGGUUUGUCGCUUCAUCUACAAGCAGUUUUGAUUUAAAAAUAACUCUUCUCUGUCAGAACAAAAUGUUUUAGAUUCUUACUCACUUAUCAGUAGUUGUAUUCAGGUUAUUGCCAAGUUUAGCAUCAAAAUAUUCUUCUAUCUUGUUAAAAUACUUUAUAUGAUCGAGGGGUAACUUAGUAUAUGAAUGUUGCCUCUUGACCAGUUUCAAACCAAAUUACGUUAUACCAGGGUACCAUUUUUGCCAUUAAAACUUCUUUUUGUUAAGUUUUGAUACCAGCUUUGGUUAUGUGCUUGACGGGAACUGCGAUGGGCAUCUUUAAAGCCCUCUAGCUUUCUAUCUUAAUGUCCUUCAGGGCAGAAAUGUUUGCUGUGUGUGCUCUACUGCAAAGAGACGUCUGUGUUUUAAAUCACAAGGCUCCUUCCUUCACAAAGUCCUUGCUCAGUUGCCUACACCACUUGACUCAAGGCUGACUUUUAUGAUGUUGGAUGCCCAUCUCAGUCGAGUUUGGUGUUUUACCAGAAAGUGCUUUUUUAAAGCUUCGUUGUUGGUCAACUUGCUUAAUCACUUCUCUUUUUUUUUUCCUUUGUAGUACAGAUAAUGGUAGCCAGUCAGCCUUAACAUGAAAUGUGCAUGUCUGGGAUCAGCUGACUUUACAGAUACAGUAGAAAGGGAAAUGGGUGUUGGUGGGUGUCUGUUUCCAUACCACUGAGAUUCUGUACAUGAAAAUGGGAGGGGGUUCAUCAUUUCAGAGUUCUGCUCUGGUUGAUGUGAUGAAGUUCAUUGUGAAUACUGGUGCUAUCUGAAGUGUUUCUACUGUGCUGAUGUGAACAAUGUGAUCUUGUUUAGUAUUUACAGUAAUAAGAUUGCUUGUGAGUUGUUGCAAAGCCCAAGGAAGAGAUUUCUGCACAGAGUUAAAACGACUUAAAGAAAUUGCAUUAAAAAUAGUCUUAGGCUUUGUGUGGAUACUUAAUGUGUAAGUUUGGGAAAUGGGGGACACUGUUAUGAGAUGGCUUCCAGCUAAGGUGCAGGACAGGCCUGAAUCAAUCAUAACUUGUGGGCAGAUUGCUGCUGUGCCUGUAAUGCAUUUGGAGGCUUAGAGCACUGUUGCUUACGUGCGGUCUGAAACUCAUGUUCUGGAAACUGCCUGGUGGAAAAACUUGCACAUUUGAAGGCUGUGUACUAAGAGAUUGAAAAAUCCUGUGAAUUUCUCAAAAUGGUUCUUGCUUUUGGUACUUAAUGAUGUUAAUGAAGGCAAGAUCACUGUUGCUAUUGUUGACUCUCAAAACUGAGGAGGAGGGGGACAUUGGUACACACAUCUGUCUUAACUAUUGAUGUUUACAACCAUAGCAAACGCUGACCAUGUAGGACAGAAAGCACAAUAAUGGUGUAUUUUCUCAAAACUGUAUGACUCACUGUCAUGAGACAACACUCAAUUUUGUAACAACUGUGGAAAAUUGUUUUAUAAAAUAAAAAUGAAACUCAAAUUCUCCACAAUGUUUUAUACUGUUACUGGUCCCAUUUGCUCUUGUGCUUUUUCUAUGUAUUUACACUGUUCGAUUUCUACUUUGGUAAACAUCUUUUUUCUGAACUUUCUCUAUAAUGAAAUUAAGUCCUCACUUUUGAGUAUUGUUUUCCUUAAUAAAGUUGUAAUUGCAUUAAACUUA